AUGUCUCAAGAGGGCAGCGUAAUUAGAGUGGUUCAACACGGUCCGACAAAUAAGGAAAGAAAGUAUGACCGCCAGCUUCGGCUCUGGGCUGCCUCUGGCCAAGCUGCCCUAGAGUCUGCAAACGUCCUCCUUGUCAACAGUGGCCCUGGAACGGUUGGCAUCGAGGCACUCAAAAAUUUGGUUUUACCCGCCGAUGAUGCCAUUGUUCAAGAAGCAGACCUCGGUGUCAAUUUUUUCCUCGAUGAAGCUUGCUUAGGCAAGUCUCGAGCUCUUUGUUGCGCCGAAUAUCUUGUUGAGCUCAACUCCGAAGUUUCAGGCCAUUGCUUUCCAGAAGAAGAUGAUCCUUUCGACCUUGAGAAGCUAACAGCCUCGUCGGAACCAUUCACCAUCAUUCUCUAUACCUCACCUCUUCAUAAGGACAUGGUUUGCUUCCUCGAGUCGUAUGCUGAGCGGCAAAAGAUCCCAAUCUUGAGUGUUCAUAGCGUUGGUUACUAUUCAUACUUCACGCUUAAGCUACCAGCGCAUCUCCCUAUUGUAGAUACUCACCCAGAUGAAGAUGCGACGGCGGACUUGAGAUUGCUAGACCCGUGGCCAGAGCUGUCUAUGUUUGCGAGCCAAUUAACCGAGGACAUUGGUGACCAAAUCGAUCAUGAUCAUGGCCACUUACCCAUGGUUGCUAUUCUUCUUCAUUGCCUUGAAGAAUGGAAAGAUGCACACCGAGGCGAUCCACCACUGACAUAUUCUGAUAAGCUGGCAUUCCGAAAUUUGGUGGCCAAUGGCGCCAGGCGUAAUAAUCCUGAGGGGGGAGAAGAAAAUUUCCAAGAGGCUGUUGCAGCAGUGAUGAAACACGUUACAACAUCUUCACUACCAUCUUCCCUGAAACAAGUUUUUGAUUAUAGCAAUUCAACAGAGAUUUCGUCAAGUGACAGCUUCUGGAUCAUUGCCAAAGCCGUUGAACAAUUCUACGAAAAGCACCAUCAACUUCCACUUUCUGGAGGCAUACCCGAUAUGAAGGCUGAAUCUGCAGUAUACAUCAAACUUCAGUCUCUAUAUAAGGCGAAAGCACUGCAAGAUGUCAGCGAAGUAAUGAGUACUAUUCGUACCCUAGAAGGCGGUAUGGGUGUUGCGCAGGCUGAGGUAGAGUUGUUUUGCAAGAAUGCGAAAUUCAUCAAGCUAGUCCAAAGCUCGGUGGAUGCACCAACUAUCACCAAAAUCGUCGAACAUGAGCUCUUGAACGAUGAGCUUUCCGCAGUAGCAGGUCCUGAAUUGCCCCUUUCGUUGAUUUCCAUAUAUCUUGCGCUUCGUGCUUCCACUCUUAUCUCCGCGGACAGUGCUGAAGAGAUUGUGGAUUUUGUCACAAGCUCAAUUCCGAGCCUUUCGGGAAACAACAGGCUUUUGCAGAUAUCUCAAGAAUUAUACGAGAUAUAA